AACAAAUUUAUUUAUUUAUUUAUUAUUUACAUAUGGUUUUCUAGAAACGAGUAAAAACAGAGAUGCGCUGCAAAAAUAUUUUUUCAUUCAAUUUUUUUCCCCUGUGAAACAUAUUUAAGAUAAUAUGAGUGUGUUGAUAUAUAGAGGUAAUUCAGAGAUUUGGGUUUGGUUUCACUUUUCUAAAUUUAAUUUAUAAUUGAGUGAUUUCUUUCUUUGUUUCCGAGUCAUUCCUGUGCACUUGAACGCCGCAACGAAGCAACCUGUUGCUAUGCGACCGCGUAGACACAAAGGAAAUUGUAACUCGCAUAUGUGAAGCUUCUAUCAAAUGGCUACAAAAAUAGCAAAUAUCAUUAUUAUUUGUCUUUGAAACCACAUCAUGGAUCCAGUACCCAGCAGGAUGAACAGGGAGAUGAUCUGGGAUGAAAUAAAGAAAAACAUCAAACUGGAUUCCGUUGCUGAAGUGGGCAACAUUUGUCCCACUGAAGUUGAUGCCAUUAAACUGGAAUACCAAAACAUCCUUCGGAUUGACUCAUUACAAGAAUUUACCUCCCUGGUUCAGCUUGACCUAAACAACAACCUCAUUAAGAAGAUCCAGGGCCUGGAUUCUCUCAUUAAUUUGACAUGGCUAAAUCUGUCAUUUAACAGGAUCGAGAAAAUUCAGGGUUUGGAGUCUCUGCAGAAACUCAAGGUCCUGAACUUAACAAACAACCAGAUCACCAUCAUAGAGAACAUGGACAAACUUGAAAACCUCACUCAUUUCUUCAUUGGAAGUAACCUCCUUGACCAACUGGAAAAUAUUUUGUACCUCCAGAAGUUCAAGAAAUUGUUUCAUGUUUACAUGAAAGGAAAUCUCUUCUCCAAUGAGGAUGAUUACCAAUUGUUUAUUGUUGCUUUUUUGCCUAAUUUGAAAAUCUUAGACAACAAACUGCUUCACCGGGAGCUUAAAGAAAAGGCAUCCAGCAAAUACCAAGCUGACAUCGAGAAAAGGAAUCAAGAGGAGAGUCGAAAGCAACUGGCCGAAGAGGCUCUGCAAAAACAAGAAGCUGAGCUGAAUUUACACAAAGAGGCCUUUGUGGAGAAUCUCAAUGGGCCACAUUUGUUUAACAGCAUGUUUGAUGAGGAUUUUCUCUCAUCGGCCAUUCAUUCUGUUCCAGGAGUUGGAGAUCUUCUUCAAUCAUUUGAGAACCAAAUGGUGGGACUGUGUGAGCAGUUAUUCCACAGAGGUUUGUCAGAGCGGGAACAGAGGGAUCGAGAGCUGAAAUUGCUCCUCAGUUCCCAGGAUGAGGUGGAGGAGCGUUACAAAAACCAAACAACUCUAGUUCUGGAGGAUUUUAAUAAGCAGCACAGAGAGAGGAUCAAGAAGUUGAAGCGUUUAACCGCCCAAAACUCUGCCUCCGAGGAAAUCAGCCGUGGCUAUGAUGAAAUCAACAAACUCACUGAAAGACUGAUGACACUGGAGUUUAAGCUUAUCAGCAAGCUGGAGGAGAACAUCGGAAACACUGAAACUUCCAUCUCAGACAAUAUCACUGACUUCAGUGAAACUGCCCAUGAAAUAUUUACUGAAUGUCGUAACCUGGAAGAUGAUUUUCAUCACAAAGUCCAAGAAAUUAUUUUGGCAACUCUGGAGAAUGUUGCCAAAAAAAGUCAGAUGGAGAACCUAUCACAAGAUUUCUUUACAGACAAAGAAAAUGUGAUGCAUGCACUGGACACCAACCAUAAACACCACCUGGGGAGACUCAGUGACCGAGAGCAAAAGUUACUUUCAUCCGCGAGUUCCUGGAAAAUUGCCUUCUUCAAAGAAGUUCAUGACAAAGUAACUCAGCAGAACCACAUGCGCAUCUCAGACAUCCAUAGAUAUGCAGGUUUUUUAAGGAAGGAGCUGGAAGGGCUUCAGUAGUUUUAGAAGUGAAUUUCACUGCAUGGAAGUAGAAGUUAGAUUUUUUUUCUCAGUUUCAGUGUUCCUAUAAAUUGUAACAAUGGUUUAAAAUAUGUACAUCUGUUUGAAACUAAAUAUGCAAAUGUACACAUUUUUGAAUCAGUUAUUUAUGCAACUUUUCACAUGAUGUCAAAACACUUCAGCAUUGAAAUGUAUUGUGUUUAUGUAAAUAAAAAAAACAAGAUUUA